AUGCCAUUCGGCUACGGCAUCGGCAACCAAUACGGCGGGUCCGGCACCGGACAGGUCGGCGUGUCCGGUAACAUCGGCGCGUCCGGCAACACGUGCGUCGUCGGAUCCGUGCCCGUGCUCGGCGCCGUCGACUUCGGCGGCAAGGUCGCCGCGGCCGGAUCCGUGUCCAUCUCCGACAGUGCGGAUGCGGAUGCGGAUAUGGUUCUUAGCCAGCAAUGCGGAUGUAACCAGUACUACCCGUCCGGCAUAAGCUCGCAGAGCUGCGGCUCGUACGGCGGCACCGGCACCGGACGGGUGGGAGUCUCCGGUAACAUCGACGCGUGCGGCAACACCUGCGUGCAGGGAUCCGUGCCCGUGCUCGGCGACGUUGACUUCUGCGGAUGCGUGCCCGCCUGUGGAUCCGUGUCCAUCUGCGGACAGUGCGGAUGUGGAUGCCAAUGA